CGAACGUACCUUGUGGUGUGUCAUCAUUGUAAUUGAGAAAUAUUGUAAUAUAAUAAUUAAAUGGAUCAAUUAAUUAAUAAAAAUGCCCAUACUUUAACAAGAGACAUAGCCUCGUUUAAAAAGAAGUGACAGCAAGUGCCUUAAACUCUCGAAGCCGUCUACAUUCCAGUGAAAAAAAAGCAUUAUCUAUUCAGCUUUAAAACAGGUGUUUAAAUCCGAGAUUUCUCGUGAAAUUCUAGUCAAAUUGUUGAUGAAAACCAUUAUGAAUUGAUGAUAUGUAUGACCUCUACGAAUUCGAAGACAGAAAAAUGAGAGGCACUUUGCGCGAUUGGCGGAAAGCCCUCAGAACUCCAGCUACGUACAGAGUGGGCAAUGCGGUGAGACUUCAACCCCAGUUCAUGUUUUUGAUGGUGUUGCUGGGUUUGUUUCUUCUAAUAAUCAUUUACUACAACUGGUGGACGACACAGAUACCAACAGUCCAUAGAUGGUUGAAUACUGGCAGGCCGUACAACGCGACGUAUCCUCUCACGCCGCCAAUAGUGACAGGUGAUCUCGUGGCGUUCAGAAUAGGCAUCGUCGCGGACCUAGACACUAACUCCAAGAGUGCUACUAAGCCUCAUACUUACAAUAGCUACUUAAAGAAAGGGUACCUGAGUUAUCACAAGACUAGACAUUAUGCGGAGAUUUCCUGGGACCUAUUGCCGGCCACACAGUUGUCGUCAACUUAUUCCCAUAAAGGCAGAGGGAUGGAGUUGUCGGAACUCAUUGUAUACGAUGGAAGAUUGCUCAGUUUUGAUGAUAGGUCUGGAAUUGUAUUCGAGAUCAUAGACGAUAAAAAAAUGGUGCCAUGGAUCGUCCUCACCGAUGGCAAUGGUCAUACAGAGAAAGGACUCAAGUCUGAAUGGGCCACUGUCAAAGAUGAGAUCUUGCACGUAGGGUCGAUGGGCAAAGAGUGGACCACAGCAAGCGGAGAGUUUUCAAGUUAUGAUCCUAUGUGGGUUAAGGCCAUCAAUGUAAAUGGAGAGGUUCACCAUCAAAGCUGGAUAAACCAAUACAAAGCAAUAAGAAGAUCAAUCGGCAUCCACUGGCCAGGGUACAUGAUCCAUGAAUCCGGAGUUUGGUCACCGAUCAAACAGAAAUGGCAUUUCCUACCUCGGCGGUGUAGCCACGAUUCGUACAACGAAACAAAGGACGAAGUGAUGGGCUGCAAUUAUUUGAUUACAGCGGACAAUAGCUUUAAUAAUGUACAAGCCAUAGAGAUCACCAAGCAUCAGCCAAAGCAUGGUUUCUCUUCGUUCAAGUUCAUUCCAGGAACAGAAGAUGAAGCCAUAGUCGCUUUGAAAACCACAGAGUUCGAGGGCAAGACUGCUACAUACAUUUGUGCAUUUAAAACUGACGGCACAGUGUUAUUGCACGACACUCUCAUAGAGAACCUCAAAUAUGAAGGCCUUGAGUUUAUAUGAGACAAACUAGCCAUUUAUAGUAAAUAUCAAGUGUUGGCCUAGGCGCAGACCACCAACUGUUAGUUGGCCGAUAUUUGGGUCGGGCUGUUGAUCAGUAUGAACAUGUAUGGAAGUGCUAACACUACACAGAUU